AUGUCUGCAAUAAUUCAUGCACUUACUGGACGUUCUGAUCAUCCGGAAAAAAAAUCGAAUUCUUCUUCGUCUGUACAUAAGGUAGUUUAUGAAGAUAUUGAAGUUAAAUCGGUUGUGAGUACUCAAACGCAAUCGAAACCGAUAACAAAUGCUUCCAAUCAUAAGAUCAAUGCAUUGAUGGCUAAAUUAGGUUCAACACAUUUACAAAUUGAUGAAUAUUCUCGACAACGUACACAAGAAAUAUCGGAAGCCGUUAAAAGUAGCAUUGAUAAAGUUAUUCAUUUAAUACAGACUCAACAGCAGCAACUACUCGACGAGGCUCAAAAGGAAAGUAAUAAACUUGAAGAUGAAUACAAACGUAAACUUAUGUUAUUCAUAAAUGAACUCGAUCAAGAAAAAGCAACAAAAUUAGUUGAUCUAGAAAAGGAUUUAAAUCUACGUCAGGAGCAAAUUCUUGAAUCAGCACGUAAACGUAUUGAUGCAAUUAAUGAAGAAGCCAAUCGAUUGAAGAUGAACGUGCUUAAAGAAGCGCAAGCUAAAACCAAUUCAAAAAUGGGGGAAAUUGCUGAAAAAGUUGUUCAACUUGAAGCUGAAGAUGCAAACCGUCGCCUAGCAAGUACAACUAAAACAAUUAUCACUACACGAUCACAACCGGACAAUCAUCCAACAAAACAUAAUUGA